AGCAGGAAAAAAUGUGAAAAGGAAAGAAUGAAUCCAGGGAUCUGAGUCAGCAGCUGCUGUGGUACGAGUCCGCUGCUCCUCAACUUCCUGGGAUCUUCUCCAGCACCAAGAAGACGUUUACAGUCACUCGUUUUAGAUUGUCCCAAGAGCCGUGUUUUUGAAGAAGACUUGAAGCAAAAGAAGGGAAGAAGAGGGGAGGAGACCACCGGGUUUCUAGAAGUCUCCUGACUGCAGGGUGAGCAACUGUUUUCCUCUAGGCUCCAUGUCUAUCAGAGUAUCCGGCAUGAGUGUUCUUCCUCCGGUCCGUCGGGACCGAAUCAUCGCUCAUCUUCCUCAGCCCUUCAGACAGGAAGCAGCUGUCCACAUCACAGGUGAUUUCAACAACAAGGUCAAAACUGCGUGCCAGGAGCAGCGCACCGGCACUGUCGGCAGAUUUAAAAUCUCAAAGGUCAUCGUGGUUGGAGAUCUGGCCGUGGGGAAAACUUGCCUGAUUAAUAGGUUCUGCAAGGAUGCUUUCGAUAAGAACUACAAGGCAACAAUCGGUGUGGACUUUGAGAUGGAGCGCUUCGAGGUGCUGGGUGUUCCUUUCAGCCUGCAGCUGUGGGACACCGCGGGUCAGGAGAGGUUCAAGUGCAUCGCUUCUACCUACUACAGAGGAGCUCAGGUUGUAGUGAUCGUGUUUGAUCUUAACGACAUUGCCUCUCUGGACCAUUCAAGACAGUGGCUUGAAGACGCCUUGAAAGAAAAUGACCCCACCAGUGUUCAGCUGUUCCUCGUCGGCACAAAGAAGGACUUGAGCUCUCCAGCUCAGUAUUCUCUAAUCGAACAAGAUGCCCUCAGACUUGCAAAGGAGAUCCAUGCAGAGUACUGGGCAGUUUCAUCACUGACAGGGGAAAACGUGAGGGAGUUUUUCUUCCGGCUCGCCUCUCUGGCCUUUGAGACGAAUGUCCUCGCUGAGUUGGAGAAAAGUGGAUCUAGACAAAUUGGAGACGUUGUCCGAAUCAACAGCACAUCAAGCAAUCUGUCCGCUUCCUCCAAAAAGAAACAGCCCAACUGCUGUCAGUGAGGAUGUCUGCUGGAAUGUGAGGAGACUGAAAAAUUAGGCCUUUUUUUCUCCAGCUGGGAUGACUGUGGCUGCUGUCCAGCUCAGAGGGGAAGAUUUUUGUGGGCAGAAAAGGCUGCCGGGCAUAUUUGAAGUCACUUUUUCCUGGCUUUGGGAGUAUUUCCUUCAUAGGAAGGGUGUAGAUUUGAUUUGUUGUGUCACAGCAGAACAAAGCAGCUACACAUAAUAGUGACAACUAAGAUUCAGAAAAAUGACUCUAGGUACUUCCUUUGCUGAGAGCUUAGCUUGAAUCGUUUUAUUGUGUUUUAUAGUCAGUAUUUUUCUUCAUAUGUAUUCUGAAAGUUUUUCUUUUAGGGAGGUAACGGUGGCAGUAUUUUAACCCAAAUAUUUCUACAGGUAGCAUGAAAAUACAAGAAAACAAUAAGUAGUCUUUUUUUUAGUGUUCAUAUUUAUGUAAAGACUCAAACUGAGACACUUUGUUCCUAAACCUUUUAUAUGCAAUCAAGCCAGACUGAAUAUUCUGUUUGUCAAUGUGUUUGAGGAUGUUAAUGUUUACCAUUUACUGCCUCUGAAAUAUAUUUCUUUUGUCCAAGAGGAGAAAAAAGUGAAUUGUAACAAACUGGUAGUUAUUAAAAACAUUCAAACUUUA